AUGAGUCACGGCAGCAAAGUGCAGAUUGGCUGUGAUAAGGCAUUGCACACAGAGACCUUCAGUGCGCCCAGCACGCAUGGUUCUGGAAAGGCGGCGAUGCCGCCGACGGCUUUGCCGGAUAUGCCGAGGAUAUCGAACAUCAAGAUCACCUCGGCCGUGGUGAAUUUGCCGGGGCGACAGGUGCAAGUGAAGGCCGAGGAGCCCAGUAGGAACCUCAGCGCAAACGAGGAAGAGGCCGAGGGGAAUAGCAGUGUUUCGAUGGCAGAGUCCACUCAUAACACCUCCACUACCCGACGUGUUGAGACCAUGACAUUUGACGUGGAACGCAUCAGCCCGCCGAUUGCGAACAUGUUUCGUCGGCUGAUGAUGACGGAGGUCCCAGUCCUCGCGUUUGACCGCAUCCUCAUUGAGGAAAAUGAUAGCGUGGUGCCGGAUGAAAUUCUUGCCCAUCGCAUCGGCCUCGUUCCGGUUGCUGGCCCUGUGUUAAAGAUGCAGUUUGUAACAGAAUCCAGUCAGGUAGGCUUCGACGCACUUGACCCCCAGCGUGUGUUGGUGUUUGAACUCGCCGCCGAGGGACGUCGUGACACAAAGACGACGAACGUCUACAGCGGCGACCUCAAGUGGGCGCCACUGCCAGGGCAGGAGGCGUGGGCGACGGCUGCCGACGAAGACCGUGUCUUUCUAGUCCAUCCGGACAUCAUUCUAACAAAGCUAGGGCCCGGACAGCGUUUAAAGCUGCGGGUGAUUGCGCUGAAGGGCAUUGGUGGGGUUCACGCGAAGUGGACCCCAGCCUCUGCAUGCUUUUACGAGCUCAAGACGAGCAUUCAUUUGCGCGAGCCGGUGGUUGGGGAGUGUGCGUCAACGUUGCAACGCAUUUGCCCGGCGGGUGUCUUUGGCGUGAACGAGGAGGGUGAGGCGGAGGUGGUGGAGGUGGAGAACUGCACGCUGUGCCGCGAGUGCCUCCGCCGUGACGUCUACCCGGGCAUUGCCGACAAGGUUGUCUUGGAGAAGGACAAAACCCGCAUGCGGUUUACCAUUGAGAGCAUCGGGCAGCUGCACGCCUCGCAGAUCUUCCGGUACGCCCUCACUUUGUUCGCCGAGCGCGCUCGUGACUUGGCCGGGCGUAUUCGCGGCACGGAGGCCAUUCUCACUGGGGCCGCCGCCGGAAUUCCGGCCGUGUAG